UCGCAAUAUGAAAAGAUUCCAAAUAUUUUGUUCAAUAAAGAUAUUAAAAUAAAUUAGCUUUGUUUCAUAAAACUAUACAUAUUUUUAUUUGUCAUUGUAUAAAAUGGAAGAUUCCGAUCUUCAUCGCUCAGAUGGGUCAAUUCUUCAGGUAGGAGACAGGGUUGAAUGUGAUAGUCAUCGAGCAUGUAUAAGAUUUAUAGGAGAGGUUCCACCAACAAAAGGCUUAUGGCUUGGAGUGGAAUGGGAUGACCCUACACGAGGCAAGCACAAUGGUUCCCAUGAGGGAGUUGUUUAUUUUCACACAAGUCAUCCUACAUCUGGCUCUUUUGUGAGACCCAAGAAAGUGAAAGGUGGUGUAACCAUAGUCCACGCACUGCAAGAACGGUACGGCUUGAAAAAAGAUGAGUAUGCAGGCAUACAGAAAGAGGAAUUGUUUGUUUUAGAUCAGAAUUUUAAGAAAACCAAUGUAGAGAUGGUUGGAGCCAAGAAAGUCAACUUACAGCAGAGUCAAUUCAAUAAGUUAAAGAAGGUGUCAGUUUAUGAUAUGAAAGUUUACGCUGGAGGACCUGAAGGUGAACUGGGCCAUCUGUGUCCCAGCAUUACUGACCUUGACCUGACUGCCAACCUAAUCUCUUCCUGGGAACGUGUUGCAAAGAUGACCAAACAGUUGCCCUACCUCAGGGAUCUAACUGUCAGUGAAAAUCGCCUUGUGCUUCCAAAUGAGCCUACAGCUUUAUGCACUAGCUUUUCUAAGCUAAAAAAUGCAACUAUGAACCAAAUGAAUCUUUCAUGGAAGGAAAUCCUAAGAUGUUGUUCUAUGUUUGUAUUACUUGAAGAACUGCAUGUAUCUUACAACAAUCUUGUUCAGUUGUCAGACUCCACGCAUAUACUUAAACACCUCAAGAAUUUAGAUCUAAUGACUAACAAAAUUGCAGACUGGGAAGAGGUUCUCAAACUAGGAAAUCUCCCAAUGCUAGAGACUCUGGUAAUCAGUGAAAAUCAAAUUAGGUCCAUUCACUUCCCAGACUGCUCACCUACAGAGAAAACAUCUUACUUCAAAAAAUUAAAAAUUCUGAUCAUCAAGUCAAAUUUUAUCACAGAGUGGUCUUCCAUUAAUGAGCUCAAUAAAUUACUCCACCUGGAGGAGCUUGAAGUAGCAGACAACCCAAUCUUAAGGACAUUCACCUAUGACACUGUCCGUCAACUGUUUGUGGCCAAAAUUGGAAGCUUGAAACUUAUUAGUAGAACUCCUAUUUCAUUUGAAGAGAGAAAAGGUGCAGAAAUUGACUACCUAAAACGCUUUGGUACUGAGUGGAAGUUGGCUGGUGGUAACAGUGACAAACUUAAAAACAACCCAAAUAAUGAGUUCAUCACAAAUCAUCCCAGAUACCAAAUUAUUGCAGACAAAUGGGGAGCACCUGAAGACUCUGAGCUUAAUGAGAAAUCAUCAGCGUUAAAAGACAAUUUAUUAAAUGUGAAAAUAUUCAGUCCUAAGCAUCCAGAUAAGGGAACAUUAGAUAAAAAACUUCCAGCUACCAUGUCUAUUCAGAAGUUGAAAACUUUGAUUCAAAGAUUAUACAAAAUGAACACAGAGCCCAGACUUUCUUAUUCCAGUCAUAAGAAAAUCAAUGGACCUGAGAUAGAACUAGACAAUGAAAUGAGACAACUUGGAUUCUAUUCUUUAGAACCAGGGGACACAAUCCUUGUUGCUUGGUGAUGGAAGAGUAGUCCCACAAGGGGGUUUCCCAUAACAGCUGUGAUAAAAAUUGUAUUAACUUGUUUUUCUGCACUCACUUUAAAACCUCUUUGUCUCUAGAUAGGUUCACUAUGAAUGCUGACUGCCUUUCUAUGAAAAAUAUUUUCUUAACUAUUUCUCUCCGUAAUUAUUUACCACAUUCUAGUGGAAUGAAGGUUGGUAUCGUCAGUUAGGAGAGAAAGAGUUAAGUGUUUUGAUUUAAAGCUAUUUUGCAAAGCAAAUUACAUUUUUUAUUUUUUAAGAUUUUAAAAAGGACCUAUAGAACAAACACUACUGUCUGUUACUUAAUGGUAGUUAUUUUCUAAUUUGAUUAUUUUUAAUGACUAUUAUUAAAGUUUAUAUUUAAUCAUUUGCAAUGCAGAUGCCAUUCUGGGCAUGUCCAUUAUUUUCAAUUUGAGCUAGUAAACUGCAGUAAGCCUUUCAACUUACAUUUGUCAUUGGAGAACUGAUAAGGAGUCACUGUGAUAAUCUGUUUAAUUAAUCACAGUGAAUAAUCCAAUCUAAUGGUGCUUUUCUGUACAUCAGAACUAUGUGCAUGUGUUAUUUCUAUUAGUCUGUCUGGAUGUGCUUGAAGAAUCGGUUUGGUUUUAGCUGCAUUUUUUUGUUCUUGGUAUUUGUGGAUAGGAGAAAAGUUUUUUGGGAAUUCAGAGAUGCGUCAUCUUAUCUGGUUGUAAAUGUUUUUAUGAAGAAAAUAAAAAGAAAUGUUAACAUGCUGAUAGUCCACUCAUCAUGACUUCACUGGAGUCGUCUUGGUAUGCCAUUACAGAACAGUGCAAUAUCAUCAACGUAAUAUAUUACUACAAUAGUUUUGUUUUUUAGUCUUUUUUUUUAUUUCACCAUAUUGGAAAAUAUCGUUAAGAUUUGAGAAGGGUAAAGCUAUAUACUCUACUAAGAACAAAAAAAAUUGCUUCAUUGUCUGGGAACUAACAAUGAUAUGUCAAUAAUGAUAUGUCAUUUUAUUUGGAAAGUGUUAGUGAACUUCCUAUAUUUAAACAUGCCAGAAAGAGAAAAACUCUGAAAUGUAGACAUUUAGUACUUCAUUCAGAUCUUAAGUUUAAAUUCUGUUUAGGAAGUGUACCAGUUUGAUGCUUUGUGUUCACUAAUUUGUUAAGUGUCAUCAUCAUGUCAGCUUCACAAUAAAUUGUAACAUCAACACACUUA